GGGAGUUGUGCACACUGAUGAUGAAUGAACUGUGAGCUCCACGGACAGAGGCGGCAGCAGAAGCUCAGCAUCCGCAGCAGGAGCUGUGACGUCACCGUGUGGCUCCGGGGCGGCACUGCGGCCAGAGGCAGCUGACAAAGGGACGGAGAGGCGGCGGGACCUGGAGAGAAGGCUGAAUCAUGGAAUGGAAUACAGCAUAUUAGCAGAACUGACAGGAUGCACUAGAGGUCUUCCCAGCACCAAAAAAAUAAAAUUUGAAAGUCCGGGAGACAAAAGGAGCUGAGGCGGAAAUACGGACUCUGUGCCAAUGCAGCAACAGAAACGGCAGCCAGAGCUAGUGGAAGGAAACCUUCCUGUGUUUGUCUUUCCGACUGAACUUAUAUUUUACGCCGAUGAUCAGACAACACACAAGCAAGUAUUAACGUUGUACAACCCUUAUGAGUUUGCCUUAAAGUUUAAAGUUCUCUGUACGUCCCCAAACAAGUACGCCGUUGUUGAUGCUGCAGGUGCAGUGAAGCCACAGUGCUGUGUUGACAUUGUUAUCCGGCACAAAGAUGUCCGAGCCAGUCAAUUUGGCGUUAUCGAUAAAUUUCGCCUUCAAGUGUCCGAACAAAGCCAGAGAAAAGCACUGGGACGUAAAGAGGUAAUCGCAAUGCUGCUUCCGUCCGCUAAGGAGCAACAGCACAAAGAGGAGGAGGAAAAACGGAUCAAGGAGCAUCUAGCAGAAAGUGUCUUCUUCGAGCAGACCCCUUGCCAGCCAGAUAUCAGAAACUCCUCCUCAGGACCCAGUCUGUUAAUGGUCUUCCUCGGCAUGGUUUGCAUCGCUGCACUGAUGAUGCCCACUAUGGGUGAAAUGGAAUCUGUGGUGCCUCUCUACCUCCACUUAAGUGUGAAUCAGAAAUUAGUAGCUGCCUAUGUUUUAGGUCUUAUAACAAUGGUUGUUCUUCGAACAUGAAGGUUCUAGUUUACAUGAACUGAGACGGUGUAUGAUCACUUCAUCAUGAGGACCGCAUUCAGCUGUCAUGUCGGCAGAGCUCGCCCCACAUGCAGGAAUAGCAGUGGUUUUAAGAGAAAAUGGCAGAAGUACAAUAUAUUUUAACUCUGUAUUACUGUAAUUGAAUGGCAUAAGCAUAUUAUGAGUGACUUUGUAACAGCCAGCUGAGAAUCUUUGUUUUAUGAUGUCUGCGAGAGAAAUCUGAAAAAAACGCAUUUUAUAUGUAUGCCUGUACAAUAAUUUUAUUGUAAAAUGGACGGUCAUUUUCUACAUUUUGUUUGUGUUUCAUUUUUCAAUAA